AUGGGCACCUUCCAUCAAGUUACCUAUGCAAAGCCCGCCUCUAAAAAGGGUGGUGCUGCCCCUGUCGAACCCAAAGCACUUCUUGGACGACCUUCCAACAACCUCAAGAUCGGAAUCCUUGGAGUCCCUAACAUUGGAAAGUCGACCUUCUUCAAUGCUUUGACAAAUUCAUCGGUCCCCGCAGAGAAUUUCCCUUUUUGCACGAUCGAUCCCUCAGAAGCCCGAGUCGUAGUCCCAGACGACCGAAUGAACUGGCUCACAGCCCACUACAAGCCCCAAAAAGUGACUCCGGCCUUCUUGACAGUCAUCGACAUUGCCGGAUUGGUCCGUGGUGCAUCCAAGGGUGAGGGAUUGGGGAACGCCUUCCUGUCUCAUGUCCGUUCAGUCGAUGCCCUGUUCCAUCUCUGUCGAGGAUUUGAGGAUCCCGGGGUCACGCAUGUGGAUGGAUCGGUGGAUGCUGUCAGGGAUCUGGAAACUAUUCAUGAUGAGUUGUUGUUGAGCGAUAUGGAUACUUUGAGCAAGGUCCAUCAGGAAUACGAGAAGGUUGCGCAACGGUUGGGAACGGGCAAGACAGGAAACGCGGUCGAGAAGAAGAAGCGGGAUGAUUUCCCGACAAUUGCGAAACUGUCGGCUUGGGUUGAAGAAGGGAAAGAUGUCAGGACGGGCGACUGGACCAACGAGGAGAUCGAGGUCAUCAACCAACAAUACCUCUUGACCGCAAAACCCAUGAUCUACCUUGUCAACAUCAGCGAGCAGGAUUACUUGGACUUGGCGAAGCAACCACAUCCGGUGAUCAAGAGGAUUCAGGACUGGAUUGAUAUUCACCACCCGGGAGACUUGUUGAUCCCCUUCUCGGGAUCGUUCGAGAACCAACUGUCGUUGUUUGAGGAUGCGCCCGAGGAGAAGGAAAUGGUGCUCGAGGAUGCGUCGAAACAAGCCGGGUGCAAGAUCACCUCCGCAUUACCCGAGAUUGUUGUCAAGGGACGAGAAGCGUUGAACUUGCAACAGUUCUUUACAGCUGGACCUGGCGAGGUUCGAUCGUGGACCACUCGUACCAACACCUUGGCCCCCCAGGCUGCUGGUGUCAUCCAUACCGAUUUUGAGCGUGGCUUUAUCAUGGCCGAGGUGAUGAAGACGGACGAUUUGAAGGAACUGGGGUCCGAGGCAGAAGUCAAGGCUGCGGGCAAGUACUACUCCAAGGGCAAGGAUUACCAGGUCGAGGAUGGUGAUGUGAUCUUUUUCAAGUUCAACGUUACUAAUAGCAAGAAGAAGUAA